GGUUCUACGAAGCUCUCUCCCUUCUAAUUUUGGGGUUUUUUUUUGGGUUCUGCUGCGAAUAAAUUAGUGAAUUUUUGGAAGAGAAGAUGUCGAAAGAGACGACGAAGGGUAACAAUACUAGCAGAGUGAUGAGUAGCUAUGGAAGUGGCUUGGAAGCAAACACCUUGGCCAUGCUUGAUUCGACUGGCGCUAAGGACAGUCGCGACGCUAACGAAGAUCGUUUGCAGUAUCUGGAAGCUGUUCGUGCUGCUUCACUUGUACCCGAAAUUGGAAUUCCUCCAACCAACAAAAUGUACCAAGCGAUGUUUCGGAUAUUGAGAUUUGGUAGAACGUUGGAACUUAUAACUGCAAGUUACCAGCUUUUGACACAAUUACAUCAGCGGUUUCCUUGGGUUUAUGUAUCUGAUUCAGCUGAUCAGUUGGAAAUCGUUGAUGAGGCUUGGUCACCGUUUAGUUUUGGGUCUGAUGUUGAUUCUGAUGGAAAGGAAAUAUCAGUGAGAAGCCCAUUUUUUCAGCAGCUGAUUCAAAACAUGAACAAAGGAGUUAAUGAGUCUGAGGAAUCGGAAUUAAAGAUCCUGGGAAACUUGUUCCUGUUCAAGUAUCUUGUUCAUGUUCUUAAGUUGGAUUUUACACCGAGGAAUCAAGUGUAUAAAGAAACCAUGAACUGGAGUCUUUUAAAGGAGUCCUCACUGAAUCUACUUCUGGCUUCAAGAAAAGUGAAUUUCAAACUUCUAAUGAAAGAUUAUCUUUCAACAAUGUGUGCACCCAUUGAUGCUGAUGAAAAGUCUACCAGUUUGGUAGAAUUGCACGAGGGCAUGCUUUCUGCUAUGAAGGAACUUUUAGUAAUGAUGAUGGACCUUGAUGCAUCAAAGCAGAAAGCUGACUUAGAAGGGAUUACCUCUAGAGGAGAUGGCAUAAGGACUCCUGCAAUGGAGAUCAUUCUCGACGAGCUGACAUAUAAUGGUUACUUGCUGUCAAACUUUCUUCAGGUUUUUGACGAUCCUAAAUGGAAGCUAGAGAUUGUUCUCCAAUACCUUACCAAAUACAUUCCUAAGCCUUCUGUUCGUACCCGAAGAUCAAACGUUCCUCAAGCAGAGGAUCCAAAAACACUAAAUGGGAUCUUAAAGACCUUUUCCAGUGGCACAAAUUCAAAGAACAUCACCAAAAAGAUAGGACCUGACAUUGUUCAGAUCCUCAUCGGACAUGCCUUUCUGGCUCGGCUCACAUUCUCUAACCCAAGUGACGGAGACUCUAUAACAGAGAUAUGCAAUACUAUCAUCUCUGCAUUUACUAGUCUUAAGCAAGUAGAUCAAAAAAUCGAGAUUCUAUCUUUUGGGAAAGAAGUGCUGUUUACUGCAGGAAUGGUACUCAAGGCAAAAGCUUAAAGCAUUAGGCAUCUAGGAAUCAAGAUUUUAGCAAAUCUAGAGGCUUUGCAUUAGAUUAAAAGCAACGAAAUUACAUGUAAUGUAGGAAUUAACAGUUACAGUUCAAUGAAUUAUGAUUGUUUCACAUAAAUAUAUAUAAUUCUGAGUCUCCCUGAAUGGUAGAUUCCAUAGUUUCACUGA